AUGAUAUCCACGCAAUGGUUCUGCUGCUGUUUUUUUAAUUCACGGUUUGAAGGGCACGUGUGGCAGCUCUCGCUCCGCCAACGUGGAAGCCGUGCAGUACAGGAAGCCAUCGAACUGUGCAGCACAGAUGAAGAGAGAGAAGCGAUCGCUAGUGAGCUUGCCGGCCACAUUUGGGAGGCUGUCCGGUGCCCCCAUGCCAACUUUGUGGUGCAGCGCCUCAUUGUGGCUUUGAAGCCAAGCGCUUGCCAGUUCAUCAUUGAUGAGAUCAUGAAGCCUGGAUCCAAGAGCGUCGGCUACCUUGCGAGGCACAAGUACGGAUGCCGAACUCUUCAGCGCCUUCUGGAACAUUGCUCUCAACAGCAAACGCUCCCGAUCAUUGAGGGGCUUUUGGCAGAGGUGGUGCCUUUGUCCAGACAUCCAUAUGGCAACUAUGUUGUACAGCAGCUGUUCGAACAUGGCAACAAUGAGCAAAGAGUUUGCGCAGUUCAGAAACUGGUCAAGAAUGUUGUCCUGGUUGCUUCUGACUGCAAUGGUGGCGCGGUGCUCUUGAAGGCUAUGAUGAACACAUCCAAACAGGAGCAAUCGCUGUUGGCCCAUGCCAUGGCAACGGAAUCGGGCUUGGUGCUCUCCAUCGCUAGGAGCCGGUACGGCCAUGCUGUGGCGCAAAUGGUCUUCAGCGCCUUAAGUGAACCUUGCCGCAGCUGUCUGGCGAGGGAACUGGUUGCGCAUUCUGAGGAGCUGCGUGCGUCAAGGUAUGGGCGUUUGUUGCUGAAUAGUUUGGCAGGGAAAAGCGCAACAAGCAGCGAACCUGACGAUUCUGAGUAG